AUGGCUUUCCCAAUUAGAAGUGUCACAGACCCUCUUGUCCACCAUGGCCGUCACUUCGGUCGAACCGUCCACGCGUUCUGCAAUAUCCGCACGCUUAUAAACAAUGGGAUCUUACGGCUGGGAGAGCUGGCAGAUCAGCCAGAUGAAUCCUUCAGUGCUGAGGAGCGGCGAGAACACAAAAUUUUUACUGCACUCUUGCAAUCUGUUGCGGGUUUGGAGGAGCGCCUUUUGACUGGAUCUGAAGAAGAAACUGGGUUUAUUGCAGAACUUCUUCGCAAAGGUGCCUCUGGUGCUCGGGGUGACGACACAAAGAGUUUAAAAGGAGCCAUUCUCGACUGGAUUACUCCAAAAGGUCAGGCCUUGAAUCCGCCCCUCGCUCGAAAUGUGAAAGUGGAUCGCGGAUUCCACCAUGAGCGCACCGGGGCUCUUCUUUGUCCCACAGAUCUCGAUUGGUCCAAUCCAGAAACCAAAGAACAAUUGAAAAGCGGCGAACUCCUUGUUAGCGGCGAUCGAUGGCCCGUCUUUCUGUACGCUGGUUGCAGCUUUGAUUCUGAAGAACCAUGGAACGGCCUACUUCGCAACCCUCUAUUGAUUUGCGCCUUCAAGCAUGUAUUUACAUCUCCUAGCUCGGUCGAUAAGGAACCGAAAGCUACCAGAUCGGGAAAUGCUCGAAUUCAUGGUAUGAGGAGUGUUACCGCCGGAUCCAUUGCAUACAUCGCGACUCAGGUUCGCUUUGCAUUAUGUUCCUCGCCAGUCUUCUCCAGAACGGACAUGGUAACCGAUUCAGAGAGAUUUUUUUCCUCCAUUCUUGAACUCCUAGAGGAUCCUCGCGAGGCUCGUGAGGUGCACGAUUUGUAUGUUUGGUGGAAUCGGUAA